AUGCAGGAGAGUUCAUGUAACCCGAGCAUCGUUGGUGGAGCUGGUGAGCAAGGUUUGAUGCAGCUCACUAGCGACAAAUGCGUUGGUGCUCCCAAUGGUGAUUGCCAGGACGUUGAUUUCAAUAUCGGUGCUGGCGCCAAAUUCUUCUCGCAGCUGCUCGAUGAAAAUGAUGGCAACCUUCUCUCCUCCAUUGAAAUCCCGGUGCUGAUGGUAUAUGUACAGGCGGAUGCAACUGCUGCUGCCCAUGGCGGUGACUGCAGGGAGCAGAACAACCUCGACUAUUUGCACCAGUUCUUGAAUGGCUGGUGCCAGAACAUCAAUGCCUAUCAGCACGACCCUCUUCUUGGCAAAUACUUUAACCUGAAUGUCUGCAACUAA